UUCAAAACCCUCAAGAACUCCUAUAUAAAACCCUUGGUCCUUAGACAUCAUUCCAUUCAUUAAUCAAACGGUUUGAUUCAAAACCUCUGCUCCACUGUUUCACUCUCUACAAUCCUCUCUGCAUCACAUCCAAUAUCAAUGGCAAGCACUGAGCCAAAGCACGAGAACAGGGAAGAGGAAGAAGAAGCAGCCGGAGCCGAUGAUGAAGAUACCGGAGCUCAGGUUGCCCCAAUUGUCAAGCUCGAAGAAGUUGCCGUAUCAACUGGCGAGGAGAAUGAAGAUCCCAUCAUUGAUUUGAAAGCCAAGCUUUAUAGGUUCGAUAAAGAUGGGAAUCAGUGGAAAGAGAGAGGUGCUGGAACUGUAAAGCUAUUGAAGCAUAAGGAAACUGGCAAAGUUCGCCUUGUUAUGCGCCAAUCCAAGACCCUUAAGAUCUGUGCCAACCACCUUGUUCUCCCAACGAUGACGCUUCAGGAACAUGCUGGAAAUGAGAAGUCUUGCUUGUGGCAUGCACCAGAUUUUGCUGAUGGUGAACUGAAAGAUGAGCUUUUCUGCCUCAGAUUUGCAUCUAUUGAGAAUUGCAAGUCUUUCAUGGAGAUGUUUCAAGAGGUUGCUGAAUCACAAAAGAAAGAGGAAAAUGAAGAUGGAUCUACUGCUGCUGGACUGCUUGAGAAGUUAAGUGUUGAAGAUAAAAAGCCUGAAGAGAAAAACGAAGGUGAAGUCGAAGACAAAACCAAGGAAGGGGAUGGUAAGGAUGAGAAUCCAUCCAAGGAUACAGAGAAAAAGGAUGAAAGUGCUUCAGCCUGAGGGGUAUGCACGCCAUGCACUCGCCCUUAUAGUUUUGAGGUUCAUAAUGCCAUUUCUUUGCCAACCAAUUUGGGUGUAAUUUCAGUCAAGUGCAAGGGGUGGUUAAGGGGGAUUCUCUUUUGUUUUUUUUCUUGAGGUGGGGUUGGGAAUUGGUUGGCUUUAUUAGUCUAUCAUUCAAGCGUGUGAACGUUUGCAGAAGUUGUCUCACUUUUAAGGUCAGGUUCUGUUUUCUGGUUGAAAUAGUUGCUGAGUGGGUGUAACAAUAGGUUUUGGUUGUAUUAUUUGUGUACGCGAUGUCCUUUGCAUUAAGUAAUGCUUCUGAGUUUUGAGUCUAUUUUUACUUAACUUUCAGUUUGGUUUAUAUCUUGAAUUUGGGGACA